GGACCUUGAAAUACGCUAUUAGACUCGAGUCGGGACCAUUCCAUGGCCAAGUUCCGUCGGCUAGUGCUGGCUUCGUGCACCCUUAUCGAAUUGAUAGACGAGUGAAGGUCUCAUCUACACUUGGAACAAACAUGCUCUACGCUAGGAAAGUAAUGAGUAUAGGGCUGUCGCGACAAUCGCGCAGGCUCUUCUCAACACAGGCACCCGAAGCCUUCCUCGAACCUCUCCAGUCUCACCUCGGUAUAGCAUGUCUGUCCCUCAACAGACCACAGGCAAAGAAUGCUAUUUCAAUGAAAUUACUUCAUGAAUUCCGCGAAUGUCUAGAAACCGCUAAGUACGACAAGAGCAUCCGAGCGCUGAUAAUACGUUCCACUACUAUGGGCUCCUUCUGCGCAGGCGCCGACCUCGCAGAGAGACGCACUAUGUCUCAAAUUCAAGUUGCGAAAUUCCUUUCUGACUUGCGUGCUGCACUUGGUCAAUUGGAAGCCUUGCCCAUGCCAACAAUCGCUGCAAUCGAUGGUCCCGCAUUAGGGGGAGGGUUAGAAUUGAGUUUUGCCUGUGACUUGCGUGUGGCCGGACAUGAAGUGACAAAGAUAGGCCUUCCGGAGACACGCCUCGGGAUUAUCCCUGGAGCGGGCGGUACUCAACGUGCUGUCAGAUUACUGGGCAUGUCGAAAGCAAAGGUCCUGAUCUUUACAGCCAAGAUGCUGACAGCCAAAGAAGCACUUGAAUGGGGCAUAGUGGAUUAUGUAUCAUCUCCCUCUACAUCAGCCUUCGAACGGGCGGUCGAAUUGGCUCAAGAAAUAACCAAAAGCGCCCCAUUAGCGCUUCGAGCUGCAAAGCAGGCAAUUUCACGUGCAGCUGACCUCUCGUUGGAAUCAGGUCUUGACUUAGAGAGAGCGUCAUAUGAAGUUCUUCUACCUACGAAAGAUCGGUUGGAGGCUUUACAGGCAUUCAAAGAAAAACGACAACCUGUUUUUAAAGGAGAAUAGUCUUCUACAUUUGAUUUGGAGUGUGCCGCGUAUGCUGACUCAUAGUGCAACGAAUCGUGACAAGAUCAGGUAUAAUGUUCGCGCACACAUUAUCUAUAUAUCUACCGCGCCUGUGUUUUCAUUGAAAAUAUCAUUGGCGACACAUGGCAGAGUUUCCGGAAGUUCUUUGACAACCUUGCUGGCGUGUCACGGUGUCACUAUGUGGCCAUACCAGCCUCCGCCGGCACAGAUGUUGCGGGACUGGUCAGCAUCUUGAUGCUGGCCGUAAUCCACAGGUGGUCUGCUGAUCCACGGGGUAUUCCAUUUUCUUGAGGAUGUCUUCGAACAAACAUGCCAAAAACUUUAGGACAAGGCACCCGUGGCCCUAUGUUGUUGCUACUUUUUCUUGUGACAUACCACUUGUCCAUUAUAGUGAUU